UAAACUUUUAGAUGUUCCAACAUCAUUGUCCUCAUUGAUAAAAUCAUCAUCAUCGUAAUUAACUUUAGUUUUCAUCAUCCUUCAAGUUUUUUUAUCUCUAAAUUUUGUUGUUAAUUUUCUAUCCUCGUCCCUAUUCAACUGGAUUAAUCUAGUGAUAUUGUGAAUAAAUUUCUUUCAAUAUUGCCUCAUCCUUAAAUAUCUUUUUAAAUGUCAUUUUGAGCCGGUUUCAAAGUGCGAAAGUAAUGAGUGACAAGACCACGGACCUAUCUGAAAGUCCGGAUGCCGACGAUGAAUAUGUUGUUGAGAAGGUAGUAGAUAAAAAAAUUGAAAAUGGUAAAAUUUACUACCGUAUAAAGUGGUUAGGAUGGCCAGAUGCUGAUAAUACUUGGGAACCAAUUGAAAAUUGCGCUAAAUGUGAAAACUUGAUAUCCCAAUUCGAAGAAGCGGCUGCACAGAGAAAGAAGGCUUACACAUUGGAUAACCACUCUUCAUCUGACUCUUCUGAUUCAAUCUCUUCUGAUGAUUCCAAUUUUAGUGCUAAAAAACGCGUCCAUUUCAAAAAGAAAGGGAAAAAACCUAAUAAUUCUUGGCGGUCGUCUAAAGGUAAAAGUGAUUUAGGCAAUGACUCUGAUACUGGAGAUGGAAACAAGAAAAGCAGAAAGAAAGUCUCAUCCAGCAAAGUCAAAAAUAAAAACAAUCAUGAGGAUGGAAAUGUAAAUAUUGGAUUUGGUGAUGCAAUGGCUUCACUUGACCAAAGUUCAUCUGAAAAAUUUAAGCGUCCCAAGGACUCUGCCAAAGAGCACAGAAAGAUCAGUGAAUAUAAAGAUAAGGAGCAAAUUCAGAUGUACUUAAAUACAGGAUGCGGUGCUAAAGGAAAGGACAGGACUACCAAUGAAGACUCUAAGAAAAUUGCAAGUGCCAAAAGUCGUGUCGAGAGUGAACCAAGUUCACAAGGGAACUCAAAAGAUAAACACAAAAAGCAUCGAUCCAAUUGUUCAAAGGCGUCUAAGGAAAAAGCUUCAUCUCGUAAUGAAAAACCCACUAAAUUGAAACGUUCGAGGAGAAUAUCAACAUCUUCAUCCGAUGAUGACUCAUAUAGUAAUCGUUAUUUUGGGUAUGAAAGAAACAAGAAACUAGUCGAAAUAGUUGAAUGGUGUAAAUAUGAUACAAAAAUUCUUCAUUUGGUGAGAUAUUCUGACGGAGAAGAAGAAUAUCUUAGUGACUCUGUGACUCUGGAAAGGUGGCCUGAAAAAGUAUCUGAAAUGUAUCAAAGACAUCUCUUAAACGAAUCAAUGCCAGAAGAGUUGAAGAAUACGCUCAAUUCGGAAUUAAAAAAUGCCUCAUUUGUUAAGAAGGUGGCAGCAGCGAUCAAAAGCAGCGCUACAGCCGAAAAAAAUAAUGAAAUGAGUUCCCUUCAAAUGGAAUCCUUAUAUACGAAUGUAGAAUCAAUUUGCUCGAGUAUUAACCCGAAUAACACUGAUAAAAUUAACGAUGAAUCACUACAAAGUAAAGUUUCCAAGGAUCAAAUAAUAAAUGAUACAACAUAUACUAAAGAGGUGUUUGAUGAUCUUGGAAGUAGUGUGAUCGCUAUAGACAGUACAGCUGGAGCAUCAUUAAGUCUACAGGAUUCUGAAUUUGUUGUGCAUAGUGAUACUAGUUUAUCGCAAAACUUAUCCCAAAGUCAGGUUGCUCCUGAAUUUGAAGUUGAACCAUCGGGCAAUGAAGACUCACUUGAAUCCAUUGGCUCCGCUAAUGGCUUGCUGGAUAAUCAAUUGCAGUUUGAAGAUGGUAACGAAACAACUCAAAAUAACAAUUCAUACAGAGCGGAAGAGUAUGAAGAUGAGACAGAAGCUUCAUUUAACCCUUCAACUUAUGGGGAAGAUGAUGAAGACUUUGUAAUUUACUUUAAUCCAUCUCCCCCAAGAGCACUAUUGCGACAAAAUGAUCACUAUUAGGGUGUUUUGUGGCUUUCCAAAUGAUUGUUUACCUUGAUACAACCUUAUCACUGAUCAUUUGAAUUCUAAUCCUAAUCAAAGUUCUAAUCAAUCAUGUUGAUUUUUCUUUUUUACUCUCAUUUCAUGAAUGUCUUUUCAUAAUUUCAAUUUUUGUAUUCUCGUUCGAUUGUUUGCAAAACAAUUCAUUCCAUAUGCUUUCUCCUCAUCGAGAUCUGUUCUUGUUUUUAUACAUUACUUAUGAUACAUUUUCAAUAAAUAACUACUUUCCAAUUUAAA